GCGCCCUGCGGGAGGUGGUUCUGUACCAGUUGAGUUAUAUCCGACUUUAGCCGCGUGCGCUCGUAUGAAGCCGCGAGAAUGGAAGUGGUUGGAUGUGGCGCAGAGGUUGAAAAAGGUGGGCGUCGACAGAGAAGCAGAACGGUGCGGGACGAAGUGGGACAAUUUGAUGCAGCAGUUCAAGAAGGUGCAUCACUUCCAAGGCUUGUCCGGGAAACAGAACUUCCUCCAAUUCUCUGGGAAAGAGAGGUUGUCGAAGGGCUUCAAUUUCAACAUGGAUCGUGCGGUUUACGACGAGAUACGGGGGUCGACCGCCAAGAGCCACACCAUAAACCCCAUGAACGUCGCCAACACUGGUGCUCCGGGUGGCGUGCAUCUGUCGUCUGCCACUUUUGGGGAUCCUGAAUGCGAUGGGGACGGUGGUGCAGGGCACGACGACGACGAGGACGGGUCGACGAGAGUGCACGGGGUCAUCGACCAUCGUUGUCGCAGCAUCCGCCGUGGGACAUCUGAACGUCAUCGUCUCGUUGUUCCACCGUGGAGUGCGAAGCUCAGAUUCGUCAUCGUCAACGCCAUCGUCGCCAUCAUCGCCACGUUCGCCGUCUUUCCCGCCGUCUCCGUCAUUGUCUUCAUCACCGUUAAGGGUCGUCGUCGACAACGUCUUCCGGCCCGUCGACGACAGCGACGACAUCAUCGCCAUACCCACCAUCGCAGUCGAGACGACGAUCUGAAUCUGACGACACGUUUCGCCAUCGCCGCGAAGAUCUUGACUUUGCAGGUGAUCAAGCUUGAAGUGGGUGUGUCGUGCGCCAUGUCUUCCCGCGGUUCUGGACGAGGUAAGUCCGCCACCAACUUAGCAGUGGAAGCGGCUACCUGGGAGAAAAAGGGCUGCCACGUCACGAACAAGAAGAGGAAGCUCGUCCAAGGUGGCUCCUCACUUGCGAGGUAUGUCCAGGAUGAAGAGUGGGUGCCGGAGGGGGUGGCGUCGCAGGUGGAAAGUGACUUUGAGGAAGAGGAGGAAGUGUCGUUGAAGCGGAAGUCCUCGAGGCCCGAAAGUGGAGGCCUCCGGAUCGAGGACGUUGGCGAAAGACGAGGCGGAGGAGGCCGCGCAAUAAUGGAAGACGUCAUCGACGUUGACGUCGCGGCGGCAUCCAGGCAGGGCGGGGGAACUGCCGUCGCACAGCAAAAUCGCACGCCUGUGCCACGUGUGAAUGACGGCCCGGUCGUGCAAGAGGGUGUCGUCCGCGCACGAACACCAGCAACCCCGCGGAUGACGACGGCUACAGACGUUGGCGUGAACGUGCAAGCCAUCGCUCAGGGGAAAAAGAGCCGCUCUCCUGCGGUGGAGCCUCCAGCCGUUCGUCGAAGCAUCGUCUUGCCUCAUACCACCAUCCCGCAAUACAAAAUCGACGACGAAUCAGAGUUGAAUGUUGCGAAGGAGAGGGCGUUCAAGGUGCAGACGAUCGCUUUGCGGGUGAUCCACGGCUGGGUCUUCAAGUUGACGAACAGGCAACGGGGGUACCACACUGCGUACGGGUACGCGUUGAAUCACACGGCCACUGACAUCGCUCGCGCGAUCUGGAUGGGUGAGGACUGGCGUGUAUGUGUAAGCCCCAUGGUGUUCCACAUUACGCUGAACAUGGAUAUGAAGCUGCCACUGUGGUUCGUCGACACCAACAUCGAAGACAGGCACGAGAACGGCGAGUUGGCGGCGUAUCAGGAGGCGAGCAUCCAGCGACUGGUGGGGGCUUUCAUGAGCGUCUUGAGCAUGGCGGAGGGGAUCGACGGCGGUCGAGUGUCGCACGAAAGGUUGAAGUCUUAGAGCGUUGCAGACGCGAUGAGGAUCAUGCUCGCGGCGACCAUGUGGCUCAUGCGGAUGAGCGGGGACGAUCAUCACGUCGAUUACGACGCAUGGGUGUUUGUCCAACUGACAACAAAGCCAACGCUCAUCG